CUUUCACAUUACUGUUGCGUUCCAAGAUUAAAUAUUAGGGCUCUCUGACGCCGUGAUCCUUGGAAUUCAGUGAUCUCGGGGAUUCGUUUCACCCUUUACAUUCAAUCACUUGAUGAGGAUGCUAAUGAGAUGUCGUACUGGAGAUAGUUUUGGAUAUUUGUCAUAACAUUUAUCCAACGCCAUUCGACCUUUAGCAGUGCUGUUGCUAAGGUGUCUGGUCUUUCUGUUCACAUGAGCAGUACGUUGUCAAGGCUUAUUUCCGUUCCUGCUCGUCUCUCGGUGGAAGUACUUCAGUCGCCUGUCCUCUCAAAUUGCCUGAUCAUACGCAGAGAUCCAACUAUUUUCCGUGAGUAUCGAAUACAGAUAAUGGGCAGGGAGCAUGUUGUUCAAUUUUUGGGAUUGUUUCCAUUACAGCAAUGGUCAAAUGCUAUAGAUUGUUCUGUCUUCUGUUCUACCGAAUUCAUCCCACGAGCUUGGCGCGUACUCACCAUAGGGAUACAAGCACGAGCUUCUUCUCCAGAACCAUUUCGCAAGUUCUACCUCCUGUAUCAUACCUACCAUUAUGGUCAGCGUGACGCCAAUUGGUCGCUCUACUCAGGGCCUUCCCAGGGCAGCGUCUCUAAUGUCCAACUCAUGCCUGGUUUCUCUUCGAGAUCACUUCCAACACCUGCUGAGACAUUUUUUUUAAAAAAUUUCUAUCCUGUCUACACCCCCACCUAUAUAGCCUCCGCUAAAAACUUGCGAGCGUAUUCAUAAAUAUCAUCCUCAUCUUCCGGAGGGUCAAAGUUAUCGACAUUAUCGAAUGAAUUGGGCUUUCAACCAUGGAUGACCUUUCCAUGGUGAACCGU